UCUGGAAUGAGUCUCCAGACCUUGGAGGGCUGUCCUGGCCUGGGGACUCACAUGUUUGUCCCACAGAGCCCACAGGGGGAUGAGGAAGACAGCAGGUCAGGAGGAAAUUUCAGGCAGUUUGAGACCACACAGGACCUGGAAACUCCUAGCCUCCCACCUUUACUUCCCAUGGCUCAUUGGGGCUUUCAGGCCAGAUUGUCUCCAUGCCACCUGUUGACAGUAAAGGUCAUCCGGAUGAAAAAUGUCCGGCAGGCUGAUCUGGUGAGCCAAACAGAUUGCUUUGUGAGCCUCUGGCUGCCUACCGCCUCUCAGAAGAAGCUGAGGACGACAACCAUCUCUAACUGCCCAAACCCAGAGUGGAAUGAAAGCUUCAACUUCCAGAUCCAGAGCCAAGUGAAGAAUGUGCUGGAGCUGAGUGUGUGCGAUGAAGACACGGUGACACCAGAUGACCAUCUCUUGACAGUUCUCUAUGACCUCACCAAGCUCUGCUUUCGAAAGAAAACCCAUGUGAAAUUUCCACUUAACCCAGAGGGCAUGGAGGAGCUAGAGGUGGAGUUCCUGCUGGAGGAGAGCCCCUGUCCACCUGAGACCCUCAUCACCAAUGGCGUGCUGGUGUCUCGACAAGUCUCCUGCCUGGAGGUUCAUGCAGAAUCCAGGAGGAAGAAGAAGAGUGAGAAAAAGAAGGAUCUCUUAGUGGCGGGGAGUGAGUCCUUUGAGAACACCCAGCGCGUCUCACCCUGUAGGCAGCCCUGCUGCCCAGACCCAGCCUGCUUCCACUACCCUACAUACUUCCAGCCCCAGUUACAUGCGGAGGCACCCAAGAGCCACUGGAGCUGCAGGCUUUGCUGCUGUGGUACACACCAGAAGGACUCUGUCUUCCAGUCCCUUGAUUGUCUCUGUGAGGGCCAGAUGACCACCCUGCCUGUGGGUGAGAAUUAUGAAUUGCACAUGAAGUCUACACCCUGCCCAGAGGCCUUGGACGUCCGGUUGGGCUUCAACCUGUGCCCAGAAGAGCUGGAGUUCCUGCAGAAGAGGAAGGUGGUGGUAGCUGAGGCACUGAAGCAGGUGCUGCAACUGGAGGAGGACCUGCAGGAUGAUGAGAUUCCGCGGAUUGCCAUCAUGGCCACUGGGGGUGGAACAAGAUCCAUGACUGCCAUGUAUGGCCACCUGCUGGGGCUGCAGAAACUGAACAUCCUCAACUGUGCCAGCUACAUCACGGGUCUGUCAGGGGCCACCUGGACCAUGGCUACCUUGUACCGUGAUGCUGACUGGUCCUCCAAAAACCUGGAGCCUGCUGUCUUCGAGGCCCGGAGACAUGUGGUCAAAGACAAGCUGCCCUCUCUGUUCCCAGACCAGCUCUGCAAAUUCCAGGAGGAGCUCCGGCAGCGCAGCCAAGAAGGCUACAAGGUCACCUUCACAGACUUCUGGGGCCUGCUGAUAGAGACCUGUUUGGGGGAUGAGAGAAAUGAAUGCAAACUGUCAGACCAGCGUGCUGCCUUGUGCCGGGGCCAGAAUCCCCUGCCCAUCUACCUCACCAUCAAUGUCAAGGAUGAUGUAAGCAACCAGGAUUUCAGAGAGUGGUGUGAGUUCUCCCCCUACGAAGUGGGCAUGCAGAAGUAUGGGGCCUUCAUCCCCAGCGAGCUCUUCGGGUCAGAGUUCUUCAUGGGGAGGCUGAUGAAGAGGAUCCCUGAGUCGCGGAUAUGCUACAUGCUAGGUCUGUGGAGCAGCAUCUUCUCGCUGAACCUGCUCGAUGCUUGGAAUCUGUCCCACACCUCAGAGGAGUUUUUCCACCGGUGGACAAGGAAGAAGAUGCUUGACAUCGAGGACGAGCCGCUCCUGCCUGAAAUCCCCCAAUGUGAUGCCAACACCCUGGAGACCACAGUGGUGAUCCCUGGGACGCGGCUGUCCAACAUGUUCCGAGAAAUCCUCACCUAUCGGGGCUUCGUGUCUGAGUUCCACAACUUCCUGUCCGGCAUGCAGCUGCACACCGACUACCUCCAGAACGGCGAGUUCUCCAUGUGGAAAGACACAGUGCUGGACGGUUUCCCAAACCAGCUGACCGAGUUUGCAAACCACUUGGCCCUGCUGGACACCGCGUUCUUCGUCAACUCCAGCUACCCACCUCUCCUCCGGCCAGAGAGAAAGGUGGACCUCAUCAUCCACCUCAAUUACUGCGCCGGGUCCCAGACAAAGCCCCUGAAGCAGACCUGUGAGUACUGCAGCACGCAGAACAUCCCCUUCCCCAGCUAUGAGCUGCAAGACGAUGAUAACGCAAACCUCAAGGAAUGCUACCUGAUGGAAAACCCCCAGGAGCCCGAUGCCCCUGUUGUGAUUUUCUUCCCACUCAUCAGCGACACCUUCCAAAAAUACAAGGCACCAGGUGUGGAACGAAGCCCCGAGGAGCUGGAGCAGGGCCAGGUUGACAUUUAUGGCCCCAAAACUCCCUAUGCCACCAAGGAGCUGACGUACACGGAGGCUGCCUUCGACAAGCUGGUGAAGCUCUCCGAGUACAACAUCCUGAACAACAAAGACAAGCUCCUCCAGGCCCUGAGGCUGGCGGUGGAGAAGAAGCGCUCGAAGAGCCAGUGUCCAUCCUCUGCGGCUGGCGGUGGAGAAGAAGAAGCGCUCGAAGAGCCAGUGUCCAUCCUAAGCCCCAGGGAGCCUCAUCCAUCCUGCAUCUGCUUCUGA